AUGGCCAACGUACUCGAGGCCAUCUUGGUCAAGGUGCCGAAGCGCAAGAGGGUGUCUGACGCUAAUCAAAGGGUGACUAUGAGGUACUUGCAAUCGAAGUACGCAAGAAAGGAACCAAUCACUAUGGUUACAGCAUAUGAUUAUCCUAGUGCAGUUCACGUAAAUCAGGCAGGCAUAGAUAUGUGUUUAGUUGGGGAUUCUGCAGGAAUGGUUGCCCAUGGCUAUGAUACAACACUACCAGUAACCAUGACAGAGAUGUUGUCACACUGUAAGGCUGUUAAACGAGGAGCCAACAAAUCGUUCCUUGUUGGGGAUCUUCCUUUCGGGAGCUACGAACAGGCACCCCAGCAGGCCGUAGAGAGCGCAGUGAGCCUUGUCAAGGAAGGAGGAAUGGAUGCAAUUAAGCUAGAGGGUGGUAGUGCAUCUCGAAUCACAGCAGUGAAGGCAAUUCACGAUGCUGGAAUUGCUGUCAUGGGACACAUUGGUCUCACACCACAGUCAAUCGGUGUUCUUGGUGGCUUCCGACCACAAGGGCUGACUUCUGAAGAUGCUACGAAGUUGCUGGAGCAAGCAUUACUCUUGGAAGCUGCUGGGUGCUUCGCUAUUGUUCUCGAGUGUGUACCUUCGCCCGUUGGCGCUGCGAUAACUUCAUCACUGAAAAUACCAACAAUUGGAAUAGGAGCCGGACCCUUUUGCAGUGGCCAGGUCCUAGUUUAUCAUGAUCUUCUAGGAAUGAUGCAUCCUCAGCACACAAAGGUUGCACCCAAGUUUUGUAAACAAUUUGCUAAAGUGGGAGAUGUUAUUCAAGAAGGCCUCGCCAAAUAUCGCGCAGAGGUCUCCAGUGGUGCUUUUCCUUGUCAUGCAUACACUCCAUACCGAAUCAAUCCUGGCCAAACAGACUUGUUCCUGAAGGGGCUUGAAAGUAAGGGUUCUCUUGAUGCAGCACAAGCUGCUGCUAGCGCUAGAGGAUGGGAAGAAACUGGUGAAAGAUGA